AUGGCGUGGGUACUAGGGCGAAAUGAAGUUGGAAAAGAAAACUCAAGUGGAAUCAGGCUUCUUGAGUUCUGCGUAGUGCAAAAAUUAGUGGUUAGCGCGUCCGUCUACUAUUCCCACGACUCCGGUUCGAAUCCAGCAGACGAUCAUCUGCUGGAAUCCAGCAUCUGCUACAACAAAUGCGCAAUGUCAUGGCCUCAUGUUUCCAGUAGAGUGUGCCACGAGAUACUAUAUGCCAUAUGGAAAUUAAAAUUUAUAGUUCCAUGUGUUCGAUACUUCGAUCGUGUAAAAUACGAAAAUUGGAACACUGUCUAA